CCUGCUCUUCUCACGCUCUCGAAGAUCUCUGACGAAAACUACAGAAGAUGGCCCAGUUUAACCUGUCCACAAUCUGCCUGCUGCUCCUCCUGUCUCUGAGUCUCUUCGCUGUGCAGGCGAAUACGGCGUGCUGCACUACUUAUUCACAUAGUGAAUUAGAACUGAAAUACAUCAAGGGCUUCUCCAUUCAGGACAACCGUGGCAGGUGCCACAUCAAUGCAGUCAUUUUCCACACCAUAAAAGGCAGAAAGGUGUGCGCUGACCCUACCAAAGACUGGGUGAUUGAGAGGAUCCAACAGCUGAGGAACAAGGUACAAAAAAUGACCAAGAACUGAUCAAGAACAGCAACCCAACUCUCUUGCCCCAGAUUCAGUUGACAGAUGACCUCUGUAAAUUCCAAACAAUGCCAGUUGAACCUUUAUGUUAGCAUUGAUUAUGUUAGCAUUUAUCACUUGCACAAGAUCUCUGAAUUAUGCUGAAUGUAUCAUUUAUUGUCGUAAUACUAUACUGUUUUUCUUUUCAUGGUUUGGGUCAGUGAAUUCAUGAUACCUAUAUUAACUUAUUAUUUUGUGAAUUCCACAAAAAUAUAAAUUGUGAUAUACAAUUUUGUAAUGAUUGGGGAUUCGCAUUCAAAAGCAUAUUGCUUUAUAAAAAAAUUAAAUGCAAAAAGAGCUCUGUUGGUUUUAGAAACUGAAUCAGUGUUCUUAAUUUGAUGUAUGUUUUGAAGAACAUGUAGGCCUACAGUAUUGUACAUUUUGUAUUGAAUCCAUUGUGAGGAUCCAAAUAUAUUUUU